ACAAACACGUGAUCUCGGCCUUCCUAUUCAUCAACACCACGCCUCUGUUUCUGUUUCUUUAUCUCCUUUUGUACGUGUGUGUAUAUAUACAUGUAUAUCUUCUCCUCUUCAACACACCUUAUAAACCCCUUUAAUCAACACACAUUUGUAGAGAGAUAAUAAAAACACACCCCUUCCUUCCUCCUCUCUGCGGGAGAGAUAAUAACACAACCUCUCUCCCUAUCUCCAUCUCUCUCCCUCUCUCUCUCUCCCCGAGAGAGAUAAUAAUACAGACACAUCUCCCUCUUUCUCUCUCCGUCUCUCCCUCUCUCUCCCUCUCUCUCAUCCUGCAUUGUCUAUAAUAACCCAGAUCUAUUUUGCGAAAUCAUGGUUUUCUGGGUUUUUGGCUAUGGGUCUUUGGUGUGGAACCCUGGAUUCGAGUAUGAUGAGAAAGUGAUUGGUUACAUUAAGAACUACAGGCGUGUUUUCGAUCUUGCUUGCAUUGAUCAUAGAGGUACGCCUGAACACCCUGCAAGAACUUGCACGUUGGAAUAUGCUGAAGGAGAUGUUUGCUGGGGUGCAGCUUUUUGUGUACGAGGUGGUCCGGAGAAAGAAAGGACUACAAUGGAGUAUUUAGAGCGAAGAGAAUGCGAGUAUGAUGAGAAGACAAUUGUGGAAUUUUUCAAGGAAGAGGAUUCCGUGCAGCCUGCCAUCACUGGAAUGAUAGUAUUUACAUCUACUCCUGACAAAGAGUCGAAUAAAUACUACCUAGGGCCUGCUCCGUUGGAGGAUAUGGCCAGGCAAAUUGCAACAGCAUAUGGUCCGUGUGGUAACAACAGAGAUUAUAUUUUCUCGUUGGAAAAGGCUCUGUUCGAUAUUGGCCAUGAAGAUGACACAAUCAUCGAGCUUGCAAAUGAAGUGAGGAAAAUUCUUGGAACGACUGAUUGUGUGAAAUCAAAGGAGAGAAAGAUGACCGGAUCAUCCAGUCCCCUAAAGGCGCACGUCUUGUCUCCUCUUAACCGGCUGCCACUCCAAGAAGCUGUUGCCACCGACUCGUAACAUGUUUAUGGACAAGAAGUGAAAGGCUUAGAUUCUGAACUAAUUUGUUGUCCCUCUUCUACUCAGAUCAAUUACUCAAUUGAUCAGACUCCUUCCAUAACAAAAUUUCACUUUUAUCUUUAAAUCUUUAGACUCGCUAGGGAGUGAAGAGUUCAAGUCACUGAAACGGAAAUGUUCUCUCAUGUAUGCAGAUGACUUGAUGAAUGAGAAAUAUUUUUAUUCUGA